AUGCGAGCUUUGGCAGCCAUCGUUUUUGUAGGACUGGUGUCCGUGACGGUUUCGGAGUACAUCCAUUACAUCAUUUUCAAAAGCUUCGAUAACGCUCUCAAAGAAUGUGCCCAGUACUAUGAGGUUAGCGAUUGUGAUCUAAACCAAUACGUCGCCGAAUCGUACCCCGACAAACCGGAAGUGCGUCGUCUGGUGAGAUGUGCCCUGAUCAAUUUGCAGAGCUGGUACGAUUCCACAGGACUGAUAGAAAGUGAAAUCAUCAACUUCUUCCAACCUUCCUGUUCGGAUGAUUGCUACAAAAACAGAACCCAGGCUUGCCUCAACUCCGUAGCAGCCACCGUGUGCCCAGCUGACGUGAACAAUUGGGCCUAUCAAUCGUUCAUGUGCUACUUCCGCUACUACGGAAAUUUGCUGUCUACUGAUCAGUUCCUGCGGUAUGCCCCACUGGAAAUUUCGCAAACUUUUGCUACAGCCGUCGAAGUUUUGGAACUAUCCCAAGACACUCUGGUGGAAUUCUGCAAGGGUAACAUUCUGAACAACGACCAAUUCCCAGCUGUUCUGUACCAAACAUCAGUGCGCUUCGGAUUCUUCACGGUGGCUAACGGAGUGCAGUUGAUGCGUCUCUACAACCAAUUCGGUAAUCCUCAACUGCUGGCACCGGAAACGCAACAGUGUGUCAGUAAAGUUGCCGCUGAUUACUGUGGUUCCGAUGAUGUAACCGUGGUGUAUCAGACCUACGUGCAGUGCUUGGCUAAUUUGGCCCCGAUUGUCGAUUUGAUUCGAGAAUUCUCCAAGACACAAGUCAGUGAUCCGUCCGUUUGUGACUGCACAUCUCCUCAGAUCCAAGUGUACAACCUUGUUUAA